AAUGAUGUCAGAGUGAAGUUUGAGUAUAGAGGUGAAAAGAGAAUUCUGCAGUUCCACCGCCCAGUGAAACUAGAGGACCUCUUUUCAAAGGCUAAGGUGGCCUUUGGUCAAUCAAUGGACCUACAUUACACAAACAAUGAGCUUGUGAUACCCCUGACCACACAGGAUGACCUGGAUAAAGCAGUGGAGCUUCUGGACCGCAGUGUUCACAUGAAGAGUCUGAAGAUACUUCUAGUGUUGCAAGGAAACAAUCAGGUUUCAACCAAUAAUAUGGAAUUGGAUGACGAUAACACAGUGUUUAGAAGCUCUGAGAAGAAAAUACCCCAUCCUUUAAUAGGUACUCACUCCACAGACCGCAGCUCUCCCCCUCCAGGGUACGUACCAGACGCCCAGCAGCAAGUAGCCCACAAGGGAUCCUUUACCAGCAUCAAUAGCGAAGGGGAGUUUAUUCCAGAAAGCAUGGACCAGGUAGGGACUUCUGCACUUGGUGCCCAUUCCACUGCCCAG